AACUCAAACUCAAACUCAAACUCAAACUCAAACAGAAGUAAAAUCAAAUACGCGGAUAAGACGGGGAAGCUGCAGCACAAAGGCUAAGUUUCUAACGGAAAAUAAUUGUGAAACAAUUUCCCAAUUUUUUAGGGUUUCAAUUUCAGGUCUCAAAUUUUCAACUCAGGGUUUUGUUCUGUUUUGUGAAGGUGGAGAUGGGUGUUGAGGAGGGGACAAGAAACGGUGAAGGAGCAGAGAUUGUGGAGGAGAUUAAGUGCUUCAAGAGUGAACCAGUGAAUAAUGAGUUUGGGCCUUUAUUUGUAAACGAUUCUGGUGAUGGGAGCUCAGGAGCAAGUGAGAGUUUGCGAACAUAUAAGAGACGGAGACAGUUAAGGUCAACUUCAAAUAUUGAAGUGCAAGAUGGUGGGAGAGCUUCUACAGACCAGGUCACUCUUCCUUUUACAGAUCAUUGUGCUUCUUUAAAUGAUUUCAAUUAUCGUCUACAAAGGAAGUGGAGAAAUGUUGUAUUGGAGAACAUGCAUCAGUUUUUAAAUGGUGAUGAAGGUGGUAUACGACGUUGCAUUCAAGAUGCACUUUUAUUUCAUCAAGAAAAUGAUUGUAAUGUGACAGUUAAGGAUUCUGAUACUUGUCAUGAAGAUAAACAGAACUGCUCUCCACAAGCCGGGCAGAUUCCUAAUGGAACUCAGCAUACUGCUGAGAAGCUGAAGGGUGUUAUAUCUAAUGGGUCUUAUAAGGAGUUAUAUCCUCAAACUACCACUGAGAGGUGUCAACGUGUUUUCUUUGAUGUUAUAAUUUCAGAAAAGUUCACAUCUUUGUGUAAGCUUCUCUUAGAGAAUUUCCAAGGGAUUAAGCUUGACAAUCUUUUUCACUUAAGUCUAAUAAACUCAAGGAUGAAAGAGGGAGAGUACGAGAGAUCACCUAUGCUUUUUGCAUCAGAUAUUCAGGAGGGUCAUUGUGAGACUUCUGAUAAAUUCUUUGCCAUAUUCAAUGAAGAGAGAUUGAAGUCUCAAUGUAAGGGACCUUUUAAUUUCUUGAAGGUAUGGAGAAAACUUCAAGUACUAGGAUCAGAAAUGAUAUCCCUUGCGAAGAGCCUUUCAAACAUCACAAGCGCUUCCUGUAGUGAACAAGUUGGAUGUUCUGGUGGCAGUGCUGAAAAGGAGGAACAUGAGUUCUGUACUCGGGAAUCAGAAAUUCUUGCUAAACGGGAGCAAAUUGAAGCUUGUGGUGUCUUUAAAGUUUUCACUUGCAGGUUUUGUGGGGAGAAAGCGGAUGGGAAGGAUUGUUUAGUAUGUGAUUCAUGUGAGGAAAUGUACCAUGUUGCCUGUAUUGAGCCUGCUCUGAAAGUGAUUCCACCAAAAAGUUGGUAUUGUGCCAGCUGCACCGGUAAUGGAAUGGGAUCUCCACAUGAGAACUGUGUGAUAUGUGACAGACUGAAUGCCCCGCGGACUCUCAACAGCAAUGUUGCUGAUGAAAAUUAUAAUGAACAUUUUGAAACAUCUACUGAAUUGGAAGAAAAUUCAAACUGUAGUGUUGGUAAUUGGCUUCAGUUAUCACCAGGGAGCAAAACCCGGCUUGUUUGCAAAAUUUGUGGAGGUAAUUUUGUAAAAGGUGAGAAGUUAAGGAGUUGCGAGCAUCCUUACUGCCCCAAUAAAUAUUACCAUGUUACGUGCCUGACAAUGAAGCAGUUAAAAACAUAUUGUUCUCGCUGGUACUGCCCUUCUUGUCUGUGUAGAGCUUGCCUUGCUGACAAAGAUGAUGAUAAGAUUGUUUUAUGUGAUGGCUGUGAUGCUGCAUACCACAUUUAUUGCAUGAAACCACCACAAACUUCAAUCCCAAGCGGAAAAUGGUUUUGUAGAAAAUGUGAUGCUGGGAUCCAGCGAAUACAGAGAGCUAAAAGAGCAUAUGAAAGUAAGCUGAAAAUGAAGGGCGUAGGAGGUAAAAUGGCAUAUGGUAAUCUGGAAUCGAGCCUGAAUCAGAGAGAGAAAGAGGAAUCUGAUAAAAGUAGAGGUGGAAUGGACAUGCUUCUAUCUGCUGCCAGUUCUCUACACUUUGUGGAGAAGUUGAAUGCAAAUCGCAAGAGUUAGAAAGACCUUGCUCUCGGAGGACAUAACAUGAUAUGAUUUGUUUUUCACGGUAUAAUGCCUUUACCUUUUCUAUUAUGGAUAGCUCAGAUUGACAACUUAUUUUCACUUCAUUUUUUGGGCUGGGAAGCAGAUUGGUGUAGGUGUAGGUUAUUAACUUCAUUAGAUUUUACUAGCAUUUGGAUGAAUAGCUAUGAUCAAAAAACGAAUUCAAAAAUGAAUAGCAUUUGUAUGAUCUCUGCUUGAUCAAUGGGAUUGCCAAACUGUAAGAUCCUGUUGGUACAGAAAAUCAUCCACUAACAGGUACGAUUGAACUAAUGUUAGUUUGUAGUUUGAGAAUAGAUAGUUUUAGUGUCAAAAGUGAAUGUUUCCUAACAAUGUUGUAUAAUUGUGGAGAAAACUCGAACCAAACAGCCUGUUGUAAGCUAUGAAAAGUUUAGUCUAAUUGGAUGAUUACCUUUUGUUA